AUGGAACUGCAGUUAGGUGUUUCUGGCCCAACAAAACCCAAUGUUGAACAAUCUAUUGCGCUAGUACCCCCAGACAACGUGGAGGUCACUCGGAUAUCGGCGGUGGUUAAAGGUCUCUGCAAGCAUCAGAAUCAGCUACACAUUCGGCUGCACUUGCCCGGCUUGAGAAAACCAGUGAAUGAAUGCAAGCCUAAUAAAUCCUCCAGUGGAAGCAAAUGGACCUCUAAAUUCAUGUCAUGCGUCCGCGCGAAGGAAGAUCACUCGCCGACAAGAGAAGCUAGAUCUAAGAAGAGUUUUUCACUUCAGCAAAAGCGACCAGACUCGAUAUCAUUAUGGCAAGCAACAGACCCGCACGGGGAAUUCUUGCAGGAAUCCAAGAACGGAGAAUGGAUACGAGCUCCUGAUAUCCAACAACCCAGCAAUGGACAGAUAUGGCUGAGGGCAACUGGCCUGCGAAUAUACCUGCUUGUACUAGUUUGUACAACUGACUCCUAUGCACAGUCCAAUGAAGGCGAAGCAGACAGAUCUUCUAGAGCCUCUCUGUCGUCAGUGCUUCACUCAUCAGAGGGGUCAGUUUCCUCAGACUCCUUCGGUGCAAUCUUCCCCUAUACGUACUUCUACUGGGAGUCCAGAAAACUGGCACGAAAGUUCGACAUACAGUGCAGUAAGAUGACAGUCGUCGACGACUACAUUCAUCUGCUCCUUGUGCCAUUUGGAAACGCAGUGUGGACGGAUGAAGACCUUCAGAGUAUUCAAAAAAGUGCAGAGAGUACUCGAGUAGCAGAGACCGGUGAGACAGAAGACACUACUCUGGGUCAGAAUAGGAGCCCUCAGCUCAAAGACCCCAAAGAGAUCGAAGGUGGCACAGGGUUGGCGGGCGGUUCACAGCAACAGAGUAUAGAACAGAAAGACACAAAUGCGUGCACAAAUGGAAUCAAUCUGGAGGCAAAGCCGGACACAAAAGCAGCAGAACCGCUUGCAUUAGACCAAACCAAUGCUAAAGAAGAGGGUAAAACAUUAUGUUUCAGCAUAAGUUGUUUCUAUUGA